AUGGAUGACCUCAACGGGCUGAGUUGGUCUUCCAAUUCAGAUGGCCCCGCGAACAAACCUCCGCCUAUGAGUUCUGGCCUCUUUCCCAGUGUUCGACCAAAUGGCGCCUCUGGCAGGUCCACUCCGAUGUCCGCGACGUCAAACCGAUCCAAUUCCCCCGCAAAACCCGCCACAUCCACCGGAGACAGCUUUGCGAACCUAGUGUCCUUUAAUUCCUCUGCAGCCAACAAGAAUCUUUCUCUGCUAGAGCAACAGAAGCGAUUGCAGGAGGAAAAGGCCAAAAAGGAGGCUGAGAAUCGCAGCCGGUAUGAAGCACAAUAUGGUGGCCAAAACUCACAGUUCUGGGACAGCUUUGAGCAAGGUCGUACCCAAAGCCCAGGCGUUGCUCCCCCAAAAUCACAGUCUGUAUCGCCACCGGCUGAAGAUGAUGAUAUUCUCGCCGCAUUCAAUGCCACGGCGCCUGUCGACGCAUCGACUCAUUUUCCAAUUCCUAGCUCCAAUGCUUCUCAAACUGGAACGAACUCGCGGCAGGAAACACCCAAUGGCGGAAUCGUUAUGCAGGAUAAUACCGGGAACAUAGGUGCAUUUGAUGAUGAUGAUGACGAUCCGUUCGGCCUUAAUAAUCUGAAGCCGAAAGCGCCUGCUCCUGCACAACCACAAGAUGAUGAGGAUGACUUUCUCGGGUUGUUAGGCAAGCCGGUGUCUGAGAUUCCUCGCCAGCAAGCACCUCCAAAAGCAGAGCCAUCCUUCAGCCAUGAUCGCGAUGAGCACAGCGCAUCUCCUAUGCCCUCGAAUGAAGUUGACCGAGCUAUCGCAGAGUUGGUUGACAUGGGGUUUCCGGCGGACAAGUCUCGACAGGCCCUCAAAACCACCCAGUCAGGAACAGAUGUCCAGGCUGCAGUUGGCUGGCUUCUCACACAAGCUCAUGCCGACUCUCGACAGAAAUCUCAGAGCCGGUCUCCGGUGCCUGAUCAAUCCAACCGCCGCAUGGAGCGAAGCACCAGUCGCCAGCGUAAAGCGCAACCCCCCUGGACGAGGGAAGACCGAUCGAAUCCUUCCCGGUUGCGUGAGGAUAGUCGGAGCCCAGGGGCUGCUGAAAAGGACCCGGCUCAAAUCGCAUCUCAACUUGGGAACAACUUGUGGAAGACCGCAGGCUCCCUCUGGAAGACGGGCAGCAAGAAGUUCCAACAGGCUGUCAAUGAAUUCAAUGCAGACCAUGAUUCUAACAAUCCUAAAUGGAUGAGGGAUGCGUCUGCGUCACGAGAGGAAUCUUUUGCCCCAUCACAACCUGGGCGACGCGCGGAAGGAAGGCACCAGCCCCAAGAGCAGCCUCAAGAUCUCACCUCGGAGGCCAUGCUCCUCGAAUCUGGGGACUCAAGGCCCCAAAAACCUCCUCGCCCACAAGAUCAUCACCAACUCGUUUCGGCAGGGGCGCUACGCGCCGUCAACCCUCCCCAGCCACCCAACAAAUGCAACAACCAAACUUCCUCCAGCGACCAUCACGACCAAGCUCCACAGAGCCCAAGUCACGCUUGUCACGCUUUGCUGCAGAGGAGCAGUCGGCUCAAGCUCCUCGGCCCCCUCGUCGCAGCGGACUCAACCCAGCCCCCAGCCAGAGCGACGCCACCUACCACUCGCCCUGCCUCUAUCCCAAUACGGCCGAAAGCACCGACACGGCCUAUUCCACCCGUAUCUGCAGAGGCUCUGCAGUCCACACACCGCCACCGCGAGAGGGCGGCUGAAGCGUACAAGCGGGGCGACUAUGCAGCUGCACACCAAAGUUUCUCCACCGCUCUUGGUAUGCUUCCAGACCAGCAUCCGAUCACGAUCAUCGUUCGCAGUAACCGUGCGAUGACUGGGCUGAAGGUCGGUGAGCCCAAGUCUGCAAUCGAUGAUGCCGACAUCAUUUUGAACCUGAUUGGGCCGUCAAGAGGCGAAGAUGAAACCAUUGAUUUAGGAAAUGGUGAGCCGGCCAAGCCAAUGAAGGACUUCUUUGGCAAGGCUUUGAUGCGCAAAGCGGAAGCCUUGGAGCAGCUUGAGCGCUGGGCAGAUGCAGCGCAGGCGUGGAAGCUGGCGGUGGAGUCGGGCCACGGUGGAAGCAACAGCAUUCAAGGCCGGAACCGAUGCGAGAGAGCUGCGGGUAUCAGCAAACCUCCCUCGAAGCCGUCUGCGCCCGCGAAGAAACGCCCAUCUCCUGCACCCAAGAAGACAUCUGCUCUGUCGGACCUGAGCGGUGCAUCCGCGUCUGGGCAAGACUCAGAAGCCGUCAGUCGUUUGCGGGAAGCCAACAAAGCUGCCGAGCGUGCGGAUGAAGAGAAGUUUGCAUUGUCAGAGAGUGUUGAUGGAAGAAUUGCCUCUUGGAAGAACGGAAAACAGGACAAUCUGCGUGCACUGCUUGGUAGCUUGGAUACCGUGCUCUGGCCUGAAGCCGGCUGGAAGAAGAUAAACUUGUCAGAGCUGGUUUUACCAAACAAGGUGAAGAUCCAAUACAUGAAGGGAAUUGCGAAGGUUCAUCCUGACAAGAUUUCUCCCACCGCCACAACUGAACAGCGCAUGAUUGCGGGUGCUGUAUUUGGGACUUUGAAUGAGGCGUGGGAUAAGUUUAGGGUGGAAAACAACAUUUGA